UCUGCUUCCGCCAUCCAACUCAUCUUGGAGCUGUGCUCCGAGGCUAUCAACAAUGAUAUUUAUACUUAUUUUAAUUUAUUGUACGUCCUUAGGUACCGGUUUUGAUAUGAAGUCUAUUUUUUGUUCAAUAUCUGACAGCUGCGACUGUGACUUCAAACCAGACAUAAAAGGUUUAGAGUGGGACCUUUAUAAAAACCUUUAUGGUCAACAUAUGGCUCAGGAUAUUGUCUCGGAAACAGUGGUGAAUUUUUUACAGAAUGAAAACCCCGAUAGACCACUAGUGCUGUCAUUCCAUGGAGCAUCUGGGACUGGAAAAAGUCUGGUCAGCUCUAUGAUUGGACGACACAUCUACGGUACAGCAAUGGGCAGUUCAUACAUCCAUCAGUUUGUUCCCACUUUACACUUUCCUUCAGCUGACAGGGUGCAACAAUACAGGUCAGAUCUAAAACGCUGGGUCGAGGGAAACCUCACAGCUUGUGCUCGCUCAAUCUUCAUCUUUGAUGAGAUGGAGAAAAUGCCUCCUGGUGUGAUCGAUGUUUUAGAACCGCAUUUAGGCCCCUUUCAUGUUCUGUUCCAGACGAACUACCGUAAAGCAAUUUAUAUAUUUAUCAGUACUGUAGGUCAGGAGGUAAUUAACAAGGUUGCGCUGGAGAGCCGUCAGGCAGGUAGAGAUCGAGAGGACAUUCUCCCUAAAGAGCUGGAGGACAGUAUUGCUGAUGCAGUGUACAACAACAAGAACAGUGGGUUCUACCACUCCAGAAUAAUUACAGAAAAGCUUAUCACUCGUUUUGUGCCUUUUCUUCCCUUGCUGCGGCGCCACGUGGAGCGCUGUGCCCAGCGGGAGCUCUGCCAGCGUGGGGAGUGUCAGCGUGCAGAUGUGGCUUUGUCGGUAGGAGGCGCCAUUACUUACACACCAAAUGACAGCCAAUACUUCUCCAGCACUGGCUGCAAAUUAGUACCUGCAAAAGUUAACCUGUUCCUUUGAGGGUCAAAGUAAAAUCCCUUAAGGAACUUAACAGCAACUCAGAGCUCUUUGGGUGAAGGAACUACAGAGUAAAGCUGCCUGAAUUUGGAAUUUGGGGACACUUGUAUGUUUCAUCCAUAUAGAUGAAUUCUGAUGAAGAAUGAGCAGGGUGCGAUAAAUAUUGCUAGCUCUGGCUUUGCUGGUUUUAAUCAAGCAGGAAUAAGUCUGUUGCUAGUUAAUAAAAAGGACAGAUUCACAGAGCCGGCCUCAGUUCUCUGGGCCACUGAAACAACCUACAACACCCUCAGUUUCAGUGUGCAGGUAACUACAAAUGACGUGGUCUCAGAACUUUAUUUUAUCAUGGGAUAUUAAUUUAAAAAUGGAACUAAGUGCUGUAUUUUUGAUGCCGACCACAGGGUGGCAGCAGUGCCUACUUGAAGCAAGUUUUUUUUUUUGUCCCACAAUAACAUUAUUGUUUUUUCCAUUUUUAAAAAUCGUAUUAAAUAUGUAAAUGAUGUAUAAUAGCUUUAUUUUAGUAUUUAAAUAGUUACUCUUUUUAAACCAGACAAAUCAGUAAGUUUCUACAGCUCUUUCAGUCUUUCAGUACAAUGUAAAUAAGGAUGUCUUAAAGCAACAGUUCACCCAAAAUUGUAAUUUUGUCAUCAUUUGCUCACCCUCAUGUCAUUC